AUGGCAUCUUCCAAAGGCUCAAAUACCUACAAUAGGCAAAAUUGGGAAGAUUCUUCCUUUCCUAUCCUAUGUGAGACAUGUCUUGGCCCAAGUCCUUACGUCCGUAUGAUGAAAGAAAAGUACGGAAAAGAAUGUAAAAUUUGUCAAAGGCCAUUCACCAUAUUUCGCUGGUGCCCUGGACCUAAAGCGAGGUUUAAAAAGACAGAAAUUUGUCAAACCUGUGCGAAAGUCAAAAAUGUGUGUCAAACGUGCAUUUUUGACUUAGAAUAUGGUCUGCCUGUUGAGGUUCGCGACAAAGCCCUUCGUGUAGCCCAACAUCUACCUCGUAGUGAAGUCAAUCGGGAGUAUUUCCACCAACAAGUAGAGCAGCAAUUGGAAUUAGCGGGUGACGUCACUGCUCCAUAUGGUGGUCACGAGCUUGUGGGUAAAAUGCUCUCUGGCACUGUUGCAUCGACUAGCUUUACGGGUUCUGGCGGUGCUGAUAUGCUACUUAAACUUGCAAGAACUACUCCAUAUUACCGCCGUAACCGCCCUCACAUUUGCUCCUUCUGGGUUAAGGGUGAAUGUAGGCGGGGUGAAGAAUGUCCUUAUCGACAUGAGAAGCCAACUGACCCAGAUGAUCCGCUGUCUGACCAAAAUCUCAAGGAUAGAUAUUAUGGCCAAAAUGAUCCAGUAGCAUCAAAGCUUUUGUCAAAGUAUCAUUCUAUGCCCAAGUUGACGCCCCCUGAUGAUAGAACAAUUACCACUCUUUAUAUUGGAAACAUUCCAGAUAUCGUCUCCGAAAAAGAGUUAAGAGACCAUUUUUACCAGUUUGGAGAGAUUCGAUCUAUACAUAUGCAUGCUAAGCAGCACUGCGCCUUUGUGCAGUUCACUCUACGAGAUGCCGCUGAGCGGGCAGCCGAAAAGACUUACGAUCGGUUGAUACUCGGUGGACAUCGACUUAGUGUCAACUGGGGUAAGUCCCCUACGGCCUUGGCGGCUGCAGCACUCCAAGCAGCUGCUGCACAGGAUGGAGCUGAUCCCCAUUCGGGCCUUCCUCCUGUCCCUGGACUACCUCUUCCACCGAAGGCGCCUCCUCCUGGCGUCGUGCUUUCUCAGGCCACAUCUAUUCCUGCUCAAAUGAUAGGGACAUUCUUUUCCUCUCCACCUCCUCCGCUUUUGUCCGUUUCUUCUACUCUGGGCCUCACCAGAUCAGGUUCUCUUGUCCCAGGCAUCCAGUUGGCGCCUCCGGUUAUCGAGCCUCCCCCUCCAGGAGCAGACGUAUUUCUUCGUGGUCCACCUCCGCCUCCCCUUCCGCCGCCUCCUCCAGGAUACUUGGCCGGCGGUCUACCAAAUCUAGUUUCACAGCCUCCUCCUGCGCCACCUGUUCUUCUUUCCACUCCUCUUGCAGCGCAUUUGACUGGUGUUCCUUUACCAGCGCCGCCUGUCGUUGCCAUCACUGUUGCCGCUGUUCCCAUCUCGAAUAUUGUCACAGAAACUCAGGAAUCUACUCCAAAUGAUAUAAGCCCUCCUGGCCUUCUUGCUGCUCCCGUCCAACUUAAUGAAGAACAAAGUAACUCAUCCGAGUCUUCUUCACCGGUUAAGACUACAGUUGGCGAUAAGACACUGCUUAAGCUUGCUGAUAUGGGCAUACACUAUCCCAGCCAAAACCCUCAAAGAAUGGGCAGUGUUCCUCAUGCUCAAAAAAUAUAG